AAGAGACUUGACUACGUAUCUGACGUGUAACUGUGUUCAAGGCCUUUCAGUAACACCCCUCUGCAGUGGCGCCGCGCUGCGUGAAAGCUGUCUACGCGGCCGUUUGUGCAGCUGUCCGCUAUAAAGUGCGCGCCACUGUCCAGUCGCCCUCUACACCAUUCUCGGUCCAUUAAGCCAAGGAGAUCCACCAGAGACGAUUCGCAGCUGUCAUGCCCGUGACUCUGUACAACUUGCCCGGCAGUCCGCCCUGUGGCUUCGUGCGAUGUAUCGCCAAGCACAUAGGUGUCGAACUUAAUAUCAAGAACUUGGACAUGGCAAACAAGGAGCACCUCGGUGAGGAAUACCUCAAGGUCAACCCAUUCCACAAGGUACCGGCCAUUGACGAUGACGGCUUCGUUGUUUACGAAAGCAUAGCGAUCGCCUACUACCUGCUGCGCAAGUACGCCCCCAAGUCUGAGCUUUACCCCGAUGACAUCAAAGCACGGGCCCGCGUCGACCAGUCCCUCGCCGCCCUUUCCGGUACUAUCCAUCCCCAGGCAGCAGUUUUCUUCCGUCCUCGCUUCUUUCUCAAGACGAAGCCAACUGCAGAAGAAGUGACCGCUUACGAAGAAAAUGUUGUCAAGGGUCUCCAGCACCUCGUCGGGAAUAACAACUACGCCGUUGGCGACAAGGUCACCCUUGCCGAUCUCGCAAUUGUCUCCCACCUCACUCUGGCUCUCGAGAUCGACUGCAUCGACCAUGCCAAGUACCCGAAACUUGCCAGCUACUACGAACGCAUGAAGUCGGAGUUGCCUUAUUUCGAGGAAAUCUACCGGCCUGCUAUCGGCUUCGUGAAGCAGCGCUGGGCUUCGCUGCAGUAAACUAUGAAACCUACGCUUAGGAGCUAAUAAACAAAAAAAUUCAAUAUGUCGAUAGGAAGAAGCCGUCAUUAAAUUUCUCAUUGAAAUGCAAGUUACU